GUGUUUAUAUUUUAGAAACCAAUUUUCUUUUAUUUGGUGGUGUUAUACUUUUAUAAAACUUAUAGGCGCUAUUAGUUAAUAAAAGAACUGGUACUAAUUACCUCGUUUUCUGAAUUAUACUAAAAAAGCUUUUUUGUUUUUUUUUUUUUACUUUUAAUCCCUAAUUUUAUUGAAUCAUGUUUAUGGAACUGUUCUAAAAUGUGCGAGCCUAAGUUAUCUUGAACAAGAUGUUUAUUUAAAGAAACGUAAAUUUUAGACAGGAGUAUUUUAGUUUUGUUUAAAUUAACUUAAAAUUUUGUAGCUAAUAUUUACUCGAUGAUUUCAAAUGACUUACGUAAUAAUUUUUUUUAUUAUUAAAAUACUCAGGAAAAAAAAUAUUAAUGACAACUCAGAAUUAUUAGACGAUAGUGGCAACUGUCCAACCAAUUCUGUAAACUCCAUCAAUAAAUACUACUCUGAUAAGCUUGACGACCGGUCUGGCCUAGUGGGUAGUGACCCUGCCUAUAAAGCCGAUGGUCCCGGGUUCAAAUCCUGGUAAGGGCAUUUAUUCGUGUGAUGAGCAUGGAUAUUUGUUCCUGAGUCAUGGGUGUUUUCUAUGUAUUUAAGUAUUUAUAAAUAUUUAUAUAUUAUAUAUAUCGUUGUCUAAGUACCCUCAACACAAGCCUUAUUGAGCUUACUGUGGGACUUAGUAAAUUUGUGUAAUAAUGUCCUAUAAUAUUUAUUUUAUUUAUUUAUUUUGAGCUGAGAAUAAAUUUAAAAGUGGAAUAAUUACUGUCUUGGGUGAGAACUCACGGCCUCUGGAUAGAUACUCCAGCGCUCUGCCAUCUGAGCCACCAAGACCUCAUCCCUAGGCAGCAAAUUUUUCCACCAUAUGGGGCUAGGGGACCCUAGCGACAUCUACCGUAAGAACGUUACACUUCUUAGACAGCUACCGGAGUUCCAAGUCAUAUUGGAAAUUCACCGGUAAAGAUGUGCUACCCAUACUAAAUUUAUUUUUAACAAGCAGAAACGUCUGUGAACGAUGCUAUUAAGCUUAGAAUAAAUUUAAAAGUGGAAAAAUUACUGUCUUGGGUGAGACUUGACUCACGGGCUCUGGAUGUGUGUGUUACUCUGAUGUCGAUAAAUUACUUGCAGAGGAUAUUAUGUCCAGUAAUAACUACUCUUAUACCCUCCACAUUCCUCAAAUUAGCGAGCAACACCUUGGUCGCCAUAAUCACUCACCUUGUAAACCUAUGUUUUAAACUAGGUAGGUACACACAAACAAUACAAUUCAAUAACAUGAUAUCCGCGGUCCCGAGGACGCACAUCCAUCUCGCUCACGCUUCCGCUCAGUGAGAGUGAGAGAAGAACAGGAACCUACUGGUACUUAAUUAUUUUUGUCCAAUAUUUCUACCCAAUAAGUAAACAAAAGAAGCUCACGAUUCCUUAUUUACAUUUUUUUUUCCUGACUCCAAAAUGAAGUUCACAAUCCUCGCAGACCUCGUCGCCCUGGCCGUGGCCGCGCCCCCCAGCAAUGACGAGCAGCUCAUCGUGACGAAUAAGUUCUACCCCGACUCCUACGCUAUCUACACCGGCCGUCACGACAUCGUCGACAUCGUCGUGCCCUUCAACCAGAUCAACUGCUCCGAGGACAGCGACGAAGUCACUGAUGAAACUAAACUCGCCAUCUUCUUCGUCGAAGCUGAUGUUAAAGACGACGGAACUUAUGACUACAAAGGAUUGUACACCUACAAGAACGGCGUAACCAAGAAGGUGCUUGAGAACGGAUAGUGCACCACUUACGCUAAGAACAAGAUUGUCUACUUCGGCGAUAGCGACGGCAUCGACAAGUACAACGAACAAGACCAGACUGCGACCAAAUAUGGUACCGCUACUGACAAUGUUAUCAGGAUGGCCGUUGAUUCUGAACAUGCUCGCGUAUAUUACUUAACUUCAAAAUUCGUUCUUUACAAAUAUGAUGAAGAUGAGAAAAUGGCCACUAGAGUUGAAGCAGUCAAGGACGCUAGAGACAUUGUUAUCGAUUACGACGGUAUUAUGUUCUUUUACGACGGCAACCACCAAUUUUACACUUACAACGGCCAGCGUGUCCUUAAAAUCGAGGGUCUCCCCGCUCAUCCCGCUAAAGUAGCUCUCGUCAGGCCACCAGUUCUGAUCAACCAGGUUUACGCUGUUAUUGACGGCCGUCUUUAUGAGCUGGAAGUGAACGGUGCCAGCUUGAUGUUGCCAAUUAAGUUUCAGUCUCAACCGACCGCCUAUGCCCCCGACACUAUUCUGUACCAAUACUACGCGUAAGCAGAUUUACUUCUACAACUUGGUUACUCUGUUUGGUGACAAGAGCAGUGAACGUGAAGAUAAGCAAGAAAUGAUCAACGCUUACACGAACACGAAGCUUUCUAGCCGUAAGUAUGUAAUCUGUGUCGACUGAAUAAAGUUUUGUUAUAAUUUAUUUUUCAUUCUCUGUUAUUGCCACUUGCUUGUAAUCAUAGAUAAAGUUCGUUUUUUAUCAAUAGAAAAAAGGUAAACAAUCUU